AUUCGCCGAUUGUCGCAAACGAAACUCUCUAGCAACUGCCUGUCAUGAUUUUGACAGACAAGAUGAGUGCAGUGAAACUUCAGUUUAUUAGAUCAUAAACUGAAACAAUGUAAUGGAAAUAUGUGUUGAUGGUUUACCUAUAUCAGAAAAACAACUAACCUAUCAUUGUGCUACGAACGAGAAUAAAGUUAUUGAAAACAUAUGUACCCAAAAUAAUUUUGUCCGAUCUAUUUCCAUUCAUAGUUUUCGAAGUCAAACCACUGUCUGUGAAACCAUUAUCUUUGCCCACAGUUUUUAUGAAGAUUUUUUGUCAACAGUCAGUAAAUCAAGCAGAGAAUCAGUCAAAUCUCUUGGCAUGUAUGGUGCAUUCAAUCCCUCUGGAAAUACCCAUUUCCACUCAGGAAGUGCGAAAUACUACUCUCCUACAGAUCUUUCAAAAAUUUGUCGUCAUAAUCAAGAUAGUCCUCUUGGAAGAGAUAUCGAAAAUAUAGAACAAGAAAAGCCAAUACGACACCAUCAAGAUAUAGAUACAGAGAAAAGAAAUAAAAAGAAAGCAAAAGAUAAAAAAAAUAAAAAGAGGGAGUUUAGGGAAGAAACAUCUUAUGGAUAUUAUAUGAUGAAUAAUAAAGAAGAUGAUGAACGAAAAGAAAGGAAUCAUAGAAGAGAUAGAAAGAAAGAAUUUUCUGAGUUGAAUUAUUACGACUUACAGUGUAUAUUGAACGACUGUAAUAAAGACAUCAAUAUUUCAUCCAACAUGAAAAAAGAUAGAAACAAUGAAACCAAAAAACAUCAUAGAAGCCAAAGUAUCGAUCAAAUACCUACGAAAGAUGUCACCUCUGACCAAAAGAUAUCUAAGAAACCUGAAAGACCAAGAAGUGCAGAAAGAAGGGAAGAUCCUCGAAUAGAUAAAAAUAAAGAAUACCUUAUGAAGUAUUAUGGUCAGUGUCCACCACUCGCAGGAUUUGAUCAAAGCAGAAAACAUUUUAUUGUACAGAACCAACAAUUUCUCACUCCACAUUCACCAAAGAGACAUAAAGAUAAAAUGAAGAGUAGGAAAAAAAAUCAUCAUGAGCCUGAGAUGCCUGAAUUCGUAACACUAGAUCAAAUAGAUGAACAGACGAUGAAUUUGAAAGAUGAAAAAUUUGAUCAUCACCAAUACAACAAAUGGGAUGCAGAAAAAAAAAUUCGUCACCACCAACAACGCGAAUUUUAUGGUGAAUAUCACCAGCAACAAUAUCGAAAUAAUUUAAAUUCUCAGAAUAACGAACAUGAUUUCAAUAAACAUGUGCCCAGUCCUGAUGAGUAUGAGAAAAUGAUUCAAAAUUAUUAUCAAACAAUUGUAAAUAAAGAAGAAAACAGUAAACUCAAAAAGAAGGAGAAGAAAAAAGAGAAAAUUAACGAUCAUAAAAAGAAAGAAAACGAUGAGGAAUAUAGAGCACUGAAGAAAUACAUGAAAAAAUUAGUUAAGGGACAACAAAAGGAUACAUAUUACUUCACCACUAAAGAAAAUGAUGCAAAUUUGCCAGUUCAGGUGAAGCGUGAUAGUAGAGGCAAGAAAUAUUUGGAAGAACAUGUAGUGAAUUAUGAACACGAGUUCAAUCCAAAUAAUGCCCUAGGAAGUAUUGAUGGUACAAAAGAGCAGAAACUUGCCAGGAAAGAGUUCAUUCCAUUGGAUUUAGGUUUAGAGGAACUUGAAAUAUCAUCAAGAUACCAUAAAAAUCACGAUCUCAAAAAGUAUAAGAAUAAGAGGAAAGUUAUUAAAAAACCAUCAUCUGAAAGAAUAAGAUCAGCCAGCUUGUGUGUGAAAGAUAAGCAGAAAAAUUUGAACGAAAUUCUUCAGAAACACGAUGAGUGCCAAAUGAAAGAUACGGAACAUAUUCUGAAGAGAUACAAAUCUGAAACAAGCUUGGAUUCAACUGUAAAAGAUAAGGAAAUUGUUUGUAUCUAUCAGAGUAAAGAUUCUCCUGAGGAGAAAGAAGAUACAAAUACAGUGAAACUAACGAAGAAACAAGACAAUAUAUCUCUCGCAAUAGAGAAAAAAUAUAACAAGAAAGAUGUCACAGAAAGCAAAAAUAAAAGAAUAAAAGACCGCUCUCCUUAUGAUCGUAAUCAAAUGAUACUUCCUUCAGAACAUAAAAAACAAAUGUCUGAUGUACUAAAUAUGCAGGAAAGAACAUUAUUGUUCCAAAAAGCAAUGAAGAGAGACUUCCCAACAAGGCCUAGACCAAGACUUAGUCGUUCUAGGCAAAGGUCAUCUAGGUACUUAUCUAAAUUGGAUGAUGGUAAUUACCAUCACAGCAAUAUUAAGAUUGACGAGGAACCUACAAAAGAAGUUCAUUGUUAUGACGUGGGAACAUCUACAAUUCUCGAUAAUAAUUUUGGAGAAGUUCUUGAGUUGUUGAGGGGGGAACCUUCUCUCAAAACUCCCUGUAUGAAUAAAAAAAGAUCUGUUUUUCAUGUAAAGAAGAAAACAUCUAGAGAAGACUUAGUAGAAGCGUCCAGAAAAACUUGUGAGAAUGGCGAGCAAACUUUAGGAAUUGUUGUUAAAGGUAUUGAACCACCUAAAAAGAUUGAAACGUCGAAGGUAAGAAGCAGAUUCAAAUUUCCAUCGGAAAAACCGAAAAUCAAUAAGUUGGAAUGCAAAAUACUUUCUGUGGUAGCAAUAACGCCAACAACUAAAUUCGAUGAUGAACCAGGUAAUGAAGAUAGCCUUAAUCCAAUUAAAACACAGUCUACUCCUCAAAUGAAACAUGAAAGCAUUUCAGAGAAACGAAUCCCAUCUUCAGAUAAGAGACUAGAGAGGUUGCUUAAGUACUAUAAAGUGGAGGCUCAAUCCAAGAUUAGCGAUCAAAGUAAGACGUCGCAGAAAUCAAUGAAAGAACUUAUUGCAAGUAAACUCAGUGAUUACUUGAAGAAAUUACAGAAUGAUGACAAUGACGAGAUGUUACAAAUUCAAACGGACGAACCGAAAGUUGUUAAAUUAGUUUUACCGAUCGAGUUUUCCGGUUUACAAUGUUCAGAUAAGUCUAUUUCCCUCAAGAAUAAUAAUGAUCAAAUCGAGCAACAACCGAAAGAGAGUUUUUCUGAUCUUAAUAUAAACUAUUCAGCCGAGAUUAUCGACGAAGAUGAGGAUUAUUUCGAUAAUCUAGAGACACCCAAAGAUAGAUUCAAGUGUAUAGGUACUAACCGAUCGAAAGCAGAAAAUUCGAUUUUCAAUCAGAAUUUCGAUUUGAAGAUCAAUGACCAGCAGUCGGAAAUUUUCCUCAAUCAAAAUAUGUUGAAUUUCAGUAACAUCGAAAGCACGUCAGAAUUUCCGUUCAGUCCGAGAAUAACGGAAAAAAUAAAUAGGAACUCACAAGAAUUUGAAAAAAUGAGAGAAUUUUCAUGUUCAGAAGAACAAGGAGUUUCUAAUAAACCAUCCUCGAAGCUUCCAGUACAAAAAUCUAAUGUUAGUAAUGUAGGGAAUUCUAACCAAAAGUAUGAAUAUGAUUACUAUAUUGACUCGGAAAGGCCACCUGUUUUCCAGAAAUCAGAAGAUGAUUUUAACCCGAAUCCAAUAAGAAAGGAACAAUCGACUGAGCGAAACAUGGAAAACGUCAGAUUUAACACCAAAGAAACAGCGAAAAAGCAACAGAUCUCUCAAAAACAAAAUAUGAGUGGGACAAGCUCUAUUAAAGAGUCGAGUAGUUUCUCUCCCAGACGCAACAAUGAAAGGUCCUAUGAAGGAACUUCUAAACCUUCUUAUGAUAAUAUGAAGAGUUACAAAGUAGAUGAUGGACGAAUUGUGGGACUUCAGGAGAUUGUCGAAGAUAAUCUUGAGGAUGAAGAAGAGUCAGUUGUAAAUUAUGCUAAUUCGUCAGUCCCAAUAUAUCAACCAGCACUCUCAAGAAAUGAAGGGUUGAGAUUGAGAAAACAAAUCGACAACAACGAUGAGAAUAUUACACUUGAAAAUGAUUGUGCAGUUCCAUCAAAAUCUUCUCAAAAAACUCUUCCGACAAAGAUGUUUGAAAACAACUUUAAACAAUUCAAAGAAAAAGAAUAUGUAGAUUCAUUCCCCCGAAAAGAUAGUGAAGUUCCGGAUCGUAAAAUGCGUAUGCAAGAAAACGACAUUGAACAAACUCAAUCGGAUAUAAAAAGGAAAAAUAAUAGUAACGAUUUGAUCAGAGAUAAUACCUCCCCUCAUCAAGCUCCAACUCCAGAGCCAAAACGUGAACCCAAAGUAACUCCGAGAAAGGUGGCUCAAACUUCCAAAAAUAAUGAAAUAACUGAGAGAAAGAAGUUUGGGAAGAAAAUAGCAUCCCAGCCUCAACCACAAACCAAUGACAAUUCGUCACCUUCGAAAGCGUAUGACUAUUUUGAAAUUCCUGCACCAAAUUCAACACCCAUCAAAAAAACAGCAUUAGAGGAACGUAAUGUAAGCUCGGAUUUAAAAAAAAAUGAACAAGUCAUGGAAGGAAAAAUCCCUUUGAAUCCCAAUCAUGAGAGUCAUACUGAUUCUGUUUCGAUUGAACCUAGAUCCAGUAGAAUAUCCCAAAUUCCUAAAAAAAUAUCUAACAUACCAAAGAACGUUGAAAAUUUCCCACAUGAACAGCAGCAGAAAAAGAAGGAAGAACCUCGGGAAGAACAAACAGAACUAGAUGAUUACGAAAAAUGUUACGAGAAUUUGGAAUCUACAGAUUGGUUUUAUCAGAAAGAACAAGACGAAAUGGACAAUAGUUUAGAGAAAUGCCUAUAUUGGAAUACAAUAAAUUCUGAAACAGUUGUAAUGAGCGAAUUAAAUGUAUGUACUCAAAAUAAAACAUCUGAAAUUGAAAAAACCACAGGAGUUCCGAGAAAGAGUCAAAUACCAGUAGUAAAAAAAAAUCAGAAAAAACCCCAAAGUAGCCAAGGUAAAGCUCCUUCUGCUACCAAUGAUAAAAAUGCUCCCACAAUGUUAUUAACGAAAACUUAUAAAGUACCAGCUGGUCAGAGUUCAUACGAGAGGAGAAAGAUGUACGAUACGAGGAUAAGAAAAAAUGUCAAGAGAAGAUCACUCAGCGAAAGCAGUGGGCCAAAAAAUUUACCACUUAUUUAUGAAGUGAGAUAUUGCAAUGUGUAUAACCAAUGUUUACCGGAAGUAUUCGAUCCGGUAGUUCUCGGAAGAUCUAAAAGCGAUCAGAACAUGAGUAUUUUAUCGACAGAUUUCGAUGAAAAUUAUUCUAAAAUAAGUAUAGAAUCACUCACAACGGCUCCUUCGUGUUUUUUGAAAGAAAACCAAUAUGAGCGAGAAGAAAAGAAUUUAUCAACUGAACCUUCAUGUUUACUUAAAGAAAACAAGUAUUGUCAUAAUAUGGAGAGAGAGGCCGAUUUAUAUACAGAGCCUUCAUGCUUGUUGAAAGAGAGUAAAUACAAUGUUGCACAAAAAAAAUAUGAGUUCGGAAACACGAACGAUAUCAUGAGAAAAGAUGAAGAAACAUGCAGUAACUUUUCAUCAAAAAGUGAAAGAAUUAAAGAAUUGAUCAAAGAAAACCUUUUAUAUGCAAGAUAUUCAUUACCGAAUAAAAAAACAAAACCUUCAAAUGUAACAAGAAAACGACGGAAAAGAGUUGAAAAGGAAAAACUCAAUUCUAACAAAACAUCGAAAAAAAUCACUUCGCGGCCUAAAAUAACAUUGAGAUGUUCUGAGGAAUUUUCUAAGGAAAAAGGCAAGCGACUCAAAAUAAUAACGAAGUUGAAUGAUAACAUACAAAAUGAGGAUGAAAGCGAAAUUUCUUUGGACCAAAUUGAUCCUUGUCUAGAACGUCAAAAUUUGACAAAAUUGUCAAUUGAUAAAUUGAAAGAAAACGAAUUCCGCGUGUCUUUCGAAAACCAGAAACCGGGUGAAAAACAAGUUACAUUUGAUAAAAAAUCUAUCGUAUGUUCAACUACAGACACCGAAUACUCGAAUGAUAGAGAAUCUUUAGGCAAUUCAAUUUCAAGUGAGAGUACCGUGAUCAAUUGUGCAGCUCGUUCGAGUAUUACCUCUCAAGAAUCGGAGGCGACAGUUAAAGAACGCGACUUCUUAGUGAAUUCUGCUGAUGAUAGUGGAUAUUUGACUAAAGGAGCUGAGAUUAACCAUAGCGGAACAACAAUUAUUAGUACUAACGACGAGAAGAAGUGCUGCUCUAAAAUCUCAAAAGGGUUUUCUUCCGGAAAAUCAAAGAAUAACCUUGCAAUCGCUGAAAGUUCCAGGUGGAAUCAAAAAGAUCUUGUUAAACUGAGGAUACAACUACUGUUCCCGCACGUCUAUGAUGACUUUGAACUUUUAGAAUCAGCUCAAAAUACUGAUUUGAUAAAGUAUUACGUAGAAUCUGAAAACAAUAAACUUAAAGAAGCCAUCGAUUCCAUUUCUCAAAAAGACGAAAUGAGUACCAGAAGCAGAAGUGUUAUUAGCCUUCCAUCGGUUAAGAUGAUACCAGAAGAGCCUACGGAAUCGACAUUAAAUGGUGACCUAAUUUCAGAAUAUUCUUCCAUAAGUCGUGAGGGAGGAUUUUAUAAUUACCAAAAGUUCGUUGCACAAAAUAAUGCAUGCUAUUCGGCAAAUGUUUUAUCGAAAUUAAGUAAGCCUGAUGAUUGCGGCGACUGUACCACCGAUACUUUGAGAGACCACGACCUUUCAGAAAAAGCAAGUGUUAAUUCUUGCGAACUAUCAUCAGUGAAGAGUGGAGCAACUUUGAAAAAGAGUGUCGUUGAACUAUUCAAAUUGAGACCAUCCAGUGCGAAGAAAAGCAGUUCUGUUAUGCUCUCGGACAAUGAAACACUAGUGGAAGAAAAUGAGGAAGAAAGCGCUAGUAUGUGCAUGAAUAUAUCUGAUGAGGAAUUUUUCAAUAAUUUUCAUCAAAUCAUGGCCAUUGAGUGUAAGAAAUUCGCUAGAAAAGUCAAGGACCAAAGUCAUGCUUACGAUAAUGUCGAAGAUGAUUUGAAGUAUGAAGAAAUUCCUUUGGAUUGCCUCUUGAAAAAUAAAAAUUUGAACGAUGACAGCAGUGAAGAUUAUUUAGAGAAUGGGUACGAACUUGCUUCCGAUGAGAUUUGUGAUAAGAUGGACGACAGUAAGGAAUCCUUCAAGAAAGAAAGUAACGAAUCUUUCAAAUCUGUAACUUGUAUCAAAGAAAAUAUGAAGCCCGAAAAAUCUAACUCGAAAUGGCAGAAACUCUUGAUGAAUAAAAGUUCUCAUGAAUCGAAUUCAAAAUUGAAUCUAAAUUUUUACUCUGUGGGUAAAGUUCCUAUGAAUGAUAUGAUUGAGAACGCUCAGACUUCUAAUAUAUCAGAAGAUUCCUUGAAUUGUUCACCGAGGGAUAAGGUACUCAACGCUAUGACUUUAGGUGAAGUUACAAAACAAUCAGAAAAACAAUUCUUUGACAGCCUUUUAGCGUUUUACGACAAGGAAGCUGAGUUCAUCAAGAAAUUGAUGAGAGACGAGGAGUUUUUUUCCUCAUUGAUUGAAUCCAUAAGAAAUUCGGAUGAGACUACACAACUUAUUUUCAUGAAAGAUAUUCGAAAGAAGGCGAAGAAAGAGAAGAAAAAGGGCAUUUUCAGUAGAUUUUUCAGGUGGAAGGAGAAGAAAAGCACUGAAACACUGUUUGAAAAUCCUUCUAAUGGAAGAGGUUCAGAACUAGCUCAAAGCGUGAGUAACGAAAGUAAAACAAUGACGAUUGAAAGUUGCUGUUCAUUCUACAAAGACCUGGAAGAUUUGGAAGCUAUGAGUGAGAUCAAGAAUACGAAUUCGGAGCAUUUGCAGCAGUUAGCAUACAAAGCCAAAUGUCAUCUUGAACCAAUGGUGAAAGCUACGAUAUCUAACCGUCACAUAAGCGAUAAAAUAAAAUUGGCAGGAUUUUUGAAGAUGCUAGAUAUGGUGGCAAAAGGAGAUUUCACAUUCUUAAAUAAUGGUGACAAAAGUUUAGAAGAGAAACUGAGGGAUCACGUUGCACAAAUGUUCGAGAAGGUAUACAUGAUUGCGAAUCGGGAGGUUGUACAGAAGAAUUCCACUUUGGACAAUGAAAAAAUUCAACUAUUGAAGAUUUUGGUCACUAAAUAUCAUAUGGGGGUUGAAACACAUAUCAAUAUUUUAUCGAUUUACAUUGGAAGAGGAUUGAUCGAGACCACACCACAAUUAGAAGAUGCAAUUAUAUUCCUAAUGGGUCAAGAUUCACAAGAUAUCAAUUUAGAACAAUUCGAGAAAAAUUGUGGCAUAUCAUCAGAAUAAAUUACAAUAAAAUAUCUGAAUUGACUAAUCAA